AUGUCCUGGUCUUGCUUGCCUGCAGAGAUCCGGGUUCUGGUCCUAGAAGCCUUACUGCAGGAUGAUGGCUGUAGCCUGGCUGGCUUCGCUAUAGUGUCUCGAGAGUGGCAGAUGACUAUUGAGCUGCACAACUUCGCCCAUAUCAACCUCACACUGUCACGCCUCGCAGAUUUCGGUCCAAUGAUUCACCGCAAUCGGGCUCUUGUACGCUAUAUAUGGCUUUGCUUGGAACUCCAAGAAUAUGAUUGUACCCAAUGUUCACCUCAUGGUCUGGAAAUGAUGGGGAUCAGCAGCACAGAUAAUACCCUAAUUACCACAGCCUUCCAGGAUUUGUUCUCAAUGCUCAGCACAUGGGAACCAAAUAGCAACUUGCUGCUUGAUAUCAGUGUUCACUCUCCUAGUGACUCCGAGCACUGGUUCAAAUAUCUAACCUUUGAGCCUGAUAUCACCUCUGAUGAGUGUGGCCAAAUUAAUGACCACCAGCAUGGUUGGAUUGCUGGGAGUCAAAAUUCGACUCCAUCUAAAGCUGGUAUCCACAAGGUUUUCGAUGAAAUCAUGGGUGAAGGACCCUUUAAUAGUGGUGAAGAGGAAGACCAGUGGUGGCAGCAACUACCGUUAGUCCCAGAAGUAACAGGUGUGCUUCUACGUCAACAGAACUGCCAACGGUGGAAGCCAACUGCAUUAGCACAGAUGUUUGCCCGUUUCCCCAGACUCCAGGAGAUUUGCUACGAGCCUUGGAGAGAAUGGUGUGAUAUCCAGCAGGAGUGGACAGAUCAAUCUUUCCGAUCACUUUUGAAUCGCUCGCUACUAUACGCGAUACCUUUUAUGGGUGGUUUUAGCGGUUGCAGUUCAAUUAGCAUCCCGACCUCUGAUGUCAGCUACGCAGUUGCCAAAGCCAGUCUCAAACUUGAGUGCCUCUCAGCAUCAUUUAUUGUGGGUACCAGCUAUUUCUUCAAUGCCUGUGACCCUCAUUGGAAGUGGCCCAACAUGACUUCACUUACGCUGACUUCUCAUCUGCUCACACCUGAUGAGAGCCUAAUUGAGAUUGAUAACAUGCUCCAGAAAGCGGCAGCAGUGGCCAUGAAAAUGCCAAAUCUUACAUCAAUGGAGAUAUGGAAUGGACGAGAGGGAUUGGCAAUGCUCUUCAGAUACCAGCCAAUUGGGGAAGGGCAGCCUGCUGUGUUAACCUGGAGAGGAACAUGGCAAUUCACCCUGCGAGCUCCUAUUGUUCAGGCUUGGGAAGCUGUGGCGCUGAAGCAUUGUAUUCACAAAUCUAUUAUUGUCGAGGAGGUGCUGGACGCUGGUGUUGUUGUCAAGUCUCAUGGUGAUGCAAUCCACCAUUUGAAGUUUUUAAAUCUUGUGAUUCGCCCCGUUUCGUUGCACCAGAUUCGGAUGGAGCACAGAAUUCGCGAGGGAGUACAUGACUAA